GCAAUUUACUCCGAUUCCGCGGUUUCACUUCGGCCGACGCUUGAGCAUUCCCGGGGCCCCAGAAAAUCCAAUUCGGCCCAGAUCACCAUGAUCACGCCUAUGAGACGGAGCUUGGCCUUGGCCGCCCGCAGAGGGUGUCGCGUGGCUCUCGCCGCCGCCUCGAGAAGCCCGAGAACGACCCGAUCAACACUGCAAGCGGCGCGUGUUGUGUCGUACACUACGACAUCACGCCUGGAUGCAUUUCACACGCAGCUCGAGAAUGCUGCAUCAUCGCCGUUUCCAUCCUCCUCCAAGACCGCGAUACAGAACCCGCAGACCUUGACAGAGAAAAUCGUCCAGAGGUAUGCGGUUGGGCUCGCUCCGGGGAAGAAGGUGAAGGCCGGUGACUAUGUGACUCUCCAACCGGGGCAUCUCAUGACGCAUGACAACUCAUGGCCUGUCGCCAUGAAGUUUAUGUCGGUCGGCGCAACCAAGAUCCACGACAAUCGGCAGGUCGUCAUGACGCUUGAUCACGAUGUCCAGAAUAAGAGCGAGGCGAACCUCAAGAAGUACCGGCAAAUUGAAGAAUUUGCCAAGAAGCAAGGCGUGGACUUCUACCCCGCUGGCCGGGGUAUAGGACAUCAGAUCAUGGUCGAGGAGGGGUAUGCAUGGCCAGGAACGCUCGCUGUCGCCUCCGACUCGCACAGUAACAUGUAUGGCGGUGUCGGGUGCCUGGGCACGCCCGUGGUGCGAACAGAUGCCAUGAGCAUUUGGGUAACGGGGCGGACGUGGUGGCAAAUCCCACCCAUUGCCAAAGUGACGUUCACCGGUAUCUUGCCUCCAGGCGUAACUGGCAAAGACGUUAUUGUGGCUCUCUGCGGCCUCUUCAACAAUGACGACGUGCUAAAUCACGCCAUCGAGUUCACCGGCUCAGAGGAGACCAUGCGUAGUAUUCCUAUCGACGAUCGUCUCGCCAUUGCCAACAUGACGACGGAAUGGGGGGCUCUAUCCGGUCUCUUCCCCAUCGAUUCGGUGCUGCAAUCCUGGCUGAGAGCCAAGGCAACCACGUCUGCAAUGCUCAACCCGGAGCUCGGCGCGCGGGCGAAGUUCACUCACGCCAAGAUUGACGAACUCAUCAGCAACCCGCUCACGGCAGACCCUGGCGCCACGUAUGCCAAGUCGCUGUACCUGAACCUGUCAACUCUGUCGCCUUUCGUCUCCGGGCCCAACUCCGUCAAGGUUGCUACGCCCCUUAAAGACCUCGAGGCCCAGGACAUCAAAAUCAACAAGGCGUACCUUGUCUCAUGCACCAACUCCCGAGCAUCGGACAUAGCCGCUGCGGCCAAAGUUUUCAAGGAUGCUGCGAAGGACGGCGUCAUUCCCAAGGUGGCUGAUGGCGUGAAAUUCUACCUCGCGGCCGCGUCUCAGCUCGAGCAAGCGGCGGCUGAAGAGUCGGGUGAUUGGCAGGUGCUACUCCAGGCCGGCGCGGAGCCUCUUCCUUCCGGUUGCGGCCCUUGCAUCGGGCUCGGCAAGGGCCUCCUAGAGCCUGGUGAGGUCGGCAUCAGCGCGAGCAACCGCAAUUUCAAGGGGCGGAUGGGUUCUACCGAGGCCAAGGCCUACCUCGCCAGCCCCGAGGUUGUGGCAGCCAGCGCACUGCAAGGCAAGAUUGCUGGUCCCGGCUGGUACCAAAAGCCCGAGGGUGUCGAGAAAGUCAUUAUCGGCGAAGGCAACGGGGACCACAUCCAGGACAAGGCGCUCAGCAUCGGGGAUGCCCUUGACAAGAUCAUCGCUCAAGCGGACAGCAUGAUUGCUACGGCCGAGAAGGAGAUGUUCGGCGCCACCGGCGCCGACACGGCUGCCGCCGAGGAGGAAACUCUCACUGAGGUCCUCCCGGGCUUCCCCGAAAAGAUCGAGGGCGAGAUCGUCUUUUGCGACGCCGACAACAUCAACACGGACGGUAUCUACCCGGGUAAGUAUACGUACCAGGACAACGUAUCGGUCGACAAGAUGGCCGAAGUCUGUAUGGAGAACUACGAUAAGGCCUUCAACUCGAUUGCCCGUCCCGGCGACAUCCUCGUCUCUGGCUUCAACUUUGGUUGCGGCAGCUCUCGCGAGCAGGCCGCCACCGCGAUCCUCGCCAAGAAGAUUCCGCUUGUCGUCGCCGGCAGUUUCGGCAACAUCUUCAGCCGGAACAGCAUCAACAACGCCCUCAUGGGCGUCGAGGUGCCGAGGCUGGUGCAGCGGCUGCGUGAGACGUUCAGCGCCAAAGACGGGGAGAAGGUGCUGACCAGGCGGACCGGCUGGAAAUUGGUGUGGGAUGUCAGGCGCAGCAAGGUGGUUGUUACUGAGGGCGAGGGCGGCGAGACGUGGAGCCAGAAGGUGGGCGAACUGCCACCCAAUGUACAGGAGAUCAUCGCCAAAGGCGGGCUGGAGAAGUGGGUCAAGAGUCAGCUCUCGGAGGCGUAAGGGGUGAUUAUAAAUACGGUGUAUGUAGACGGCUUGUUGCUUGCUGUUGAUACCAAUGUGUUUUUUUUCGGCGAAGG